UAUAGGAUACGUAGCCUAAAUUUUAUUUGUAUGGCGCGAGCGGCACAAACCUCGUGAAAUAUUCUGUGUCACCGACAGUGUAAAAAUAAUUAUAACAAAUUUUUUAUUGUUCGAGUUUUGUUUCCAUAAACAAGUCUAACCUUCAGCCACGUGUAAAUAUGACUCUCACAGAAAUGGAACCACUUAAAAUACAUUUAGAUGCUUUGGAAAUGGCAGGAAAAGUGGUAGAUGCACAUAUUACAGCGGAUAGUAAUUUCCCUUCAUUAAUUAACCUUAUGAGAUAUAAUGUACAAGGAGGACCAACUGUCAGUGGUCUAGAUGAUAAUGAUUACCCUAGUUUACAUGGAAUGUCAAUGUGUUUUUCCAAUAUAAACCAAAUGAAACUGCAUAGUAAAAUUUCUUUGCCUUCCGAAAUAAUGGAACACUUUCAUCAUAUGCAAUGUCAUUGUAUGAUGGGCUUAUUCACAGAAAUUUCAAAAGCAUGGCUUACAAUUGAUAGCGACAUAUACGUUUGGUCAUAUGAAAAUGAGACUGAUAUAGCAUAUUUCGAUGGAUUAAAUGAGACUAUAGUAAGCGUAGGUUUAGUAAAACCCAAACCUGGAGUAUUUCAAUCUUAUGUGAAAUAUUUAUUGAUCCUUACAACCAUGGUGGAAAUAACUAUUCUUGGAGUCAUAUUAACAGAACAUACUGAUGGUACGUCACCUGAAAUGCAGCUAGUUCCUGAACCAAUUUUUACUGUAACUACAGAUGGUAUAGGAAUUACAAUAAUAGCAAAUACAAACAGUGGUAGAAUUUUUCUUGGUGGUAGAAAUGGUUCCCUAUACGAAAUAUAUUACCAGGCAGAAAGUAGUUGGUUCGGGAAACGGUGCAAGAAAAUCAAUCAUUCCGAAGGUCCAUUAUCAUUCCUAGUGCCAUCCUUUGUUACUAUAGCUUUAUCGGAAGAAGAAACGAUAAUACAAAUUUCUGUGGACGAUUCGCGUAAUAUUUUAUACACCCUUGGUGACAAGGGAACGAUAACAGUUUGGGAUAUUGAUAAUGAUGGUGCAUCCAAAGUCACAUCUUUGUCACAAGCUUCUUUAGUACAAAAUGCCGUUCACGUUGUUAAAACUCUCGAUAGCAAUAAUUUCCGACCAUUGGUGAGCAUAUCUGCUAUUACAGAAUCCGAAUCAGUACAUUUAAAUUUAGUUGUAGUUGCAGCUACAGGAACACGUUUCUACUUUAGUUGUACUUUAAUCACCAACCCAACAAGCCGGCCUCAAGGUCUCCAAUUAAUACAUGUUAGAUUACCACCAGGAUAUGCUGCCAAUGCUACUGUAAUGAGACCAAGAAAAGUGCAAAUGGCACAUUACCGUAAAGGAACAUUAAUUCUUGUAUGUGAUGGAGACACAGAAACAGCUUUAUGCUUAAGCAAUGAUGCUUAUCCAUUUACAAAUUAUUUAGCUGAAACUCAAAGUCCACUAUCCCUUGAUAGUCCUGUAUGGGCGAUGUCAGAAAUUCUUGUUGAACCAGCUAUACGAAUUGAGAAGCAAAGUUCUUCCCAAGGGGAACCUCCACUUCUUGUGAGACAACAUAUGGAAGCCCCCAGAAAAUUUAUAUUUUUAACAUCUCAGGGUGCAAUAAUUUUUGUACAAGUUCGUCCAGUGGACAUUUUGAAACAGCUUCUUUUAGAACAACGUGGACCGGAUACAGAAGCGGUGCGCGCAUAUUUUCAAUCACAAUCGCUAGACCAAGCAUGCGCAACCUGCCUCAUUUUAGCAACACUUGAAAGUUCUCAGAAUGCUGAGUUAGCGGAAUGGGCAACAAGAGCAUUCUUUUUAUAUGGUAGUCAACGCGUGACAGCGGGUAUUGGACCCGGAAUGGAUGCACAUAAUACUUUCGUUAACAUGAAUACAGUAGAUAUACGCACAUCAACGCCCAGGGUUCCUAAUUACGAUAUGAGAUAUCAAGGUUUCCGGCCUCAUGCACCUGUAGGACUUAAUACAGACAUUCCAUUACAACAAUUUUCUGCGAAACACAAUGGUUUAUAUUUAUAUGUCGGACGAAUACUUCGCCCUAUAUGGAGUAUGCGUUGCAUUAAACAAGAAACUGUGAAUAAUAAGAUACAGAUUUCUAGCACUAUUCCAGUAAGACAAGUUACUUGGAUUUUAGGACUUCUACAAGCGUUAAGAUCAUUUCUCAACAAAAAUACACACAUUACAAAACAACCUAACACUAGCAGAAAUAUAACUGAUGGAUUUGAAACAACGGUAACUAAUCAUUAUCAGGAACCAAUAGUUGAAGAAAGAAACUCUUUAGCUGCUUUAAAAAUUUUUAUCACUCAUGCAUGUGAAGUCUUAGAACUUUGGAAGAUUUUAUGCGAAAAUCAUUUAAAUAACAUUGUUAAUUGUUUGUCGAAGGAUCAAAUAAAUCAAUUUUCUACAGCUACCUUCAGAGAUCUGAUUCUUAUUGGCCACGAAAUUUCUUCCUUAUUAAUUAUUCACCUUAUCGACAGUUACCUUGGGGAUAAUGCAUCUGUAGAUAUUGUUAGUCAACGGUUGAGAGAAGUUUGUCCAAAUUUGUAUAGAAGCGAAGAUGCAGUUUGUUCUAAGGCCAAUGAAAUAAUUUUGAAAGCAAAAAGUUGUACUAAUCCUGAAGAGAAAGAGUGUCACUUACAAUCUGCUUUAAAGCUGUGCAAAGAGGUGGCUCCCAGAUUAAACUUAAGCGCAGUUUGUCAGCAAUUCAUCGCGUGCCAGUUUUAUUCUGGUGUGCUCGAAUUAUGUCUGUGUUGUUCAGACAGAGUAGACCUCAAUAACGCUGCAUUACAUUAUUAUAAAAACAAUGAACCAAGCGAAGAUCAGGAGGGUCGAUUUGCUUAUAUGAAAAGAAUGGAAAUUUAUAAAGAAUUUAUUACACUACUGGACCAUCUUUACAAUCAAAGUAUUUCAAGUCCAUUAACACCCACUGUACCCAAUAAACCUGGACCGUUAUCUCAGAAUGCUUCAACUAUGUCCGUCACUCCAGCAAAAGAAAUAUUGCAUGACAUCAUAAACGACGCUUUGCAUUCACCUUGUGAAACUCUUCACGCUUCAGUGUAUGCUUGGAUGAUAGAACGAAGGCUUCACGGAGAACUGGUUGCGCUCGCAGCCCCGUCUCUGGAAGCUUAUCUCACUCGUGUUAAUGCACCUGAUUUACUUUGGCAAUUUUACGAAAGAAAUAAAAAUCAUGCCGCCGCAGCUAAAAUCUUGGACUCUCUGGCGUCUAAAGAAUCUAAUAUACCACUGUCGCAAAGAGUCGAGUACUUAGCUCGUGCAGUUGUUUGUAUGCGAAGUGAUCAAGCUGGAUACGCUUCAUACCUUGGAAUAUUUUUGCGCGAAUUGGAAGAUAAAGUAGAAGUGGCCAGAAUACAACAACAGAUAUUAGACACAGUUUGCAAUCAACAUUUGGGCGAUCGACUGAGCGAAGAAACGUUUAGAGCAUUAAAAUAUUCAUUGCUCGAUAUUACGAAGCUUUACGAAAAAUAUGCAGACCCUCUGCAAUUAUGGGAAUGCAAAUUAGCCAUAAUUCAUUGCUCUGGUCAUCAAGAUGCAAUGUUGAUUCAGGAAAUUUGGACUAAUAUUAUUAACAAUGAAUUACAAAAUGCAUCCUCUGCAGAAGACAAAAUGGCAAUUUUAAUGAGCAAAAUUAUAUCCCUUGGUGAGGAAUAUUCUGGAUCACCACAUUGUUUCCCAGUUGACUUUCUGAUAAAGCAGUUAGAAAUAAAAGCGUGUAAAUUAAACGUAUCGAAUGCUAGAAUUAUUUCUGGAUUCCUACAACUAGGUAUUUCAAUGGAGGAUCUUUUAGAUAUUUACAAAAUGAUUGGAAAGGACACUCGAACCUGGUUAAACGAAGGAAACGAAUUUCACUUAAUACAAUCAACAGCAAAUUUGGUUAAUUAUUUCAUAACUCAUUCUAAUAUAACGAAUAACUUCAUUAGGCGAAAAAUCAUCACCAAAUGCCAAGAUGUAAUUUCGAAAUGCUUAACUACCCUCUACAAUCAACCUCAUGGACAAAAAUUAAUAACGGAGCUCAGAUCGAUUCAGAGCGUUCUAAACCGUAUGUAAAGAAAUUAUUGCGGCAUCCUGUCGAACGGGCAAUGUUUUGUGAAAUUGUAUAAAUCAAUGAAACAAAACGAAACAAGUAAACUGUAUGAAGAAACUUUUUUGAGAAAUAACGCAAAAUGUAAAUAGGUGGGAACCGCAUUUGUUCUAUUUUCUAUACUGUAUACAGUGUUUGUUCAUUUCAUAAUAAAACAAUCAUGUAUCGGAAUUA